AUGAGCAUGAAUAUAUUAUCCAAAGGAACAGAAAAAUCAUUCAAAGUCAUCGGAGGAUACUUCCCCGACAUGGAAGUUUUAAAUUUGAGUGGUAAUUUUUGUUCAGACAAAAAGCCAGCCGCAGUCAAUUGGAUUGAAGGCCGUGGAAAAUAUGUUGUUAGUGAAGCAAUUGUACCUUCAAAAAUUGUCACUGAGGUACUGAAAACUACUGUAGCAGCAUUGGUUGAUGUUAACAUAAGCAAAAACUUGAUGGGAUCAGCUAUUGCUGGUAGUAUUGGAGGAAAUAAUGCACAUGCAGCCAAUAUUGUUACAGCUGUAUACAUUGCUACAGGACAAGAUCCAGAGCAGAAUGUGGCUAGCAGCAAUUGCAUGACACUGAUGGAAGCAUUUGGUGAAGACCUGUAUGUAUCAUGUACAAUGCCUUCGGUUGAGAUUGGUAUAGUAGGCGGAGGAACUUCAUUACCUGGUCAAUCUGCGUGUUCGGAAAUGCUUGGCGUACGAGGUGCAAACUCUCGAACCCCUGGGGCCAACGCUAAACGAUUAGCACGUAUACUGUGUGCAACAGUUUUAGCCAGCGACCUGUCGCUGAUAUCGGCCCUGACUGCUGGUCAUUUAGUAAAAAGUCACAUGAUUCACAAUCGGUCCUCCGCUCCUUCCAUUCAGAAUUUAGAAUCAGAACCAUCCGAAUCAAACAGACUAUUUACACACUGUGUGUCUUGA